UAACGACAGAAACGGAGGAUCGAGACGGAAAUCAGAUGCACAAACUCGCGAAGGCCCCCUUUAAAAUUUAGUUUGAAAAGUCCAACACUUCAGAGCUCCUAAUAUUAGAGAAAUUAAAUUAUUAUCCAACGUCCAAUCCACGUACACGAAAAAUGGUAAAGCGAUACAAGGCAUCCCGCUCGACGACGACCAGCGACAGAGGAAGCGCCAGUGGAAGUGGCAAGGAAUCUGACCAGGUCUACUGUGUACUGCUCCAUGUGGUCGAAGCAGCAAUCAACUUCGUGGCUCGCGAUGGCAGCGAACGAGAACAGAUAGUGAUGAAUGCCGCACUGAACACUGUGGACUUUGAGGUGGAGGGCACUCAGUCAGCGGAGACCAUUAUCUUCAACAGCAACUGCAUUUGGGAGUGCGACCUGGCCGGGAUCAAGCGGAUCAAGACUGACCAUCGACCCGUUAAAAUCACAUUUUAUGCCUGCCGAACUGGUGGAGGAGAGCGAAAGACUGUUGGCAGUCUCCUUUUGCCCGUGCGAGGACUUCCGGUUAUUAGUUCCACUGGCAGCCAGAACGCAACCCAUCUGAAGAUGUUCUGGCACAAGCUCAUCUGCAUCAGCAGCGAGUUUCGAUCCCACAAGCCGGAGGUCCUGCUCAUGCUGGCCAUCAUCAAGAAGUCCAUUCUGCACACCAAGGACUUUGAUCACCUCAUGCAGUUCACAGAAAAAUCGGCACCCACUCCACCGAUGCAGUCACCUGGACAUUCGAUAACUGCCAGCAUGCUCCAGUCGCAGGCCAACGUGUACGUACAGUCGUUGGUGCAAUUGGGCCUGCUGCAGGUGGGCAAUGAUCCUCUUGUCGACUGCGACAUCAUCGAGGUGGUGCUUCAGCUGAAGCAGCUGAAGAACGUGACCCGGCUGGUCAAGUCACUCGUGCAGGACAAAAGCCCCGGCUCGGUGAUCCUGGUAUUUGAUUUUGUAGGCAACGUGACCAACAUAGAACUGAAGUUGAACGAGUCCGACUCCUAUGCCCUGAAUGAUGUCCUGGGACUGCGCUUCAAAACUUCCUUGCGCAGCAUGCGGCUCUACUUUCAGCGUAUUUUCUAUCUUCCCAUCAAUAUGUACAUGAGUGGAACCGCGAUAGCCACUUACCGCAUGGACUUUGCCAACCUUCUUCCGCCGGACGACUACUUCUCGGAUAAUAAAAAGUACACCUACAACGGAUCGUUUUCCUUUAACCGAUUAGGCAGGGCAGACAGCGCCAGGGAACCCAAACCUCCCCUCAUGGAGUACUCUUUCAGUGUGGAUGUGAAAACGAUCUUCUCGAAACAGGAACAGGAGCAACCUGAACGACCGCCUACGGUUGCAAGCGGGGUUAUCAGGGAGCUGCCUAAGGAUCGCAUGGACCCGGAAGUCACCUCAGUAUCGCACCGCACUGCAUCCGUCUGCAGCUUAAAUGUGGGUGCCGAGCUGUCGGCUUCAGAGGGAUCCUACGGAUCUGUAGGAUCGGCCCGAGCAGAUGGACACGAUUCCGAUCCAGCUGAUCUGCGUAACGCUCAAAAUAGGCGGAGGAAAUUCACUAGGUUGCAGGAUGAGCAGGACAUUCUGGAAAGCGAAGACGAGCAGUUUUUGGGGAAGACCUACUCAGCGUUAGUGGUCCGUAAAGAUCUGAAUUUAAACGAGAGUGUGGAGUUGCAGCCAUCGAAAACUAAGAAAGUAGAGCUAUCAGAUGGGUCGGAAACGGAAAUGGUUGGUCCUUGCGUUAUCAACAAAAUUAAACAGAUAUUAGAAGAACAAAUUGAGGAUGAUAAAAAACUUAAAACUUCAGUCAAAGAAUUUUCGGAUUUAGAGAACAAUACAGGAUUGCUCAAGAAACACAAGAUCAAAUCGCAGGGAUCCAAAGAAAUGAUGAGGGAAUCUUCCCCAACAAAAAUCAAAUCUCUUGAGAACAUGACCCCUUAUAUGGAUAAUAGCAUUGAAGAACACACGUCUUUGCAACUUUUUGAGUUGGAGGAAAUGAAAUUAGCGAAGCAAGCUGAACUGGAAACCUUGAGAAGGCAAAGGUUUAAGGCAGGCCUUAGUGAAUCUUCUCCAAGAAGAAGGGAAAGCAAAAUAAUAAAAACCACUAAAGUAAACCAAGAUGUUUUAGGCGAUCAAAGUUUCACCGAAGCCCAACCUUCAAAGCCAACGAUUUCCGAAAAGAAAGUGAGCAAAACCAAUGUAAAAAGGGUUUCUAAAACAGCACUUAACGAAGAUAUUUUAAGAAGCAAAACUAUAAAUAACAAACAAACAGAUAACAUAGUUUUUAUAGAAGACAGCUAUGAACAGAGCGAAGAAGAUCUCCGGUAUGGACUUGUUUCAUCCAGAGAAAAAUUAUGCAAGAAACCAAAAUCUCCAAAAAGUUUUAAAGCUUCAGAUAGCAGGGGUUCAGAUUUAGAAACUGAAACUGACUUAAGUAUUCUGGAUGUGCAAAGCAAGUUAAAAACAAAACCAAAAUCGCGAAAACCAAAAGAAAUGGAGGACUUUGAAGAAAUUUCCACAAGUACUCAAGAAACUAGAAAUUCAGGAGCAUCGAAAAGCGAUCUAGCCCUUCGAGCACGUUGGGUGGAGGUCAACAAGGUGCAAAGUCAAGCCUUGGGCGAAACCGAAAAGUUUCUCCAGGAGACAUGCCGUGCCGAGCUCGACGAGGUCCUUUACGAGGAUCAGUUGGCGCUCGGCUUGGCAAAGCCUCCAAAGCCCAAAAAGAAACUGGGAACAGUCAAGGCUAAGACUAUCGAUUAUGAAGAUUCUUAUGUGGAGGGAACUUCUCGUUCCCAGUCUUCAAGCUUGACAAAAAAAUUAAAGAAGGCUGUGCCAAGCGAGAAUCAGUUGCACCAAGCGGAAUUCGGCUGUUCCGAGGAAUAUAUCUCAUUGUCGGAGAUAAAUUUAGGAUCAGCUGAAAUGAUGUAUUUGGAAACAGAACAGCGAGUCACUUUUGCUCAUUCCAAAGAUCGCUUAAAGAAAAAGAAAAGGUCUCCUUAUGAUGAGGAGCAGGAAAAUCAGAUUAGGUUCAGGUCUAGCGAAGAAAAUAACUCUUUGUCGGAGGAGAAUUUAAAACCCGUGGCUCGAUCUAAAGAUGAAUGUGUUAAGAAAAAGAAGAAGAUUUCAUCAACUGAAUUAAGGACCUCCGAGGAGUCUAUUUGUUCGCAUGGAGGUAAUAAGAAAUCCACAGAAAGUAUCUCUUCCGGAGCCGAUAAUCGGGAUUCACGGAUAAAAAGAAAGAAGACGGCUUCGAAAGCAGAAAUACAAUUAAUUCAAGUUGAAGUUGCCAGCUCGCAAGAAUUUAUAUCUACGUCAGAAGACAAUUCAAAAUCUGUGGAAAUCAGCAAACCAGGCACUCAACAGAGCGAUGCAAAAAUCGUUAGAAAAAAGAAAAUAAUGAAAUCUCCAGUUGAUGAAGAUUGCGAAACACUUCAGGAAGAAUUUGUCAAGCCAGUAAAAAAGAAGAUAACCAGAAAAAAGACAUCUGUUGUAACUGACAACGUGGAAAACGAAGAACCACCCGAGGAAGUUGUUCAUAUUCAUACCAAAAAAGUUGUGAAGAAGAAAUCUAAGCCUGUGGUUGACAGUCAUGAGGAAUGCAAAACGACCCAGAGAAGAUCUUCCAAAAGUUCCGUAAAGAAAAUUAGACCCCAAAACGAAUACAUGAACUUAACUGCCACGGAGGAAGAUUUCGGUGUAGAUCCGACGUUAAAUAACGAUUCUGUGGGUCAGAAGAUCAAAUCCUGGCGGAGGCAACAAAUCGAAAUCUUUGAGCAAGAAUUAUUAAGAAAGGAGUUGCACUACAAGAAACAGUUGGAAGAAAUUGAAUCCCAAGAGGCCAGAACACAUAAACUAAACAAGGUGGAGGCUGAUCUUGAUGAGACUUUUAUCAGUAAAAGAACAAGUGUGUCCGACAUUGACUAUGAGGCCAAGUUUAGAGAGUUGGAGGAACACAUAUCGCUUUUAAAAUCCGAGAUGGAAGAGCAGGUAAGGCUCUUCGAAGACAGAAGCGUGGAGCUGCGCCAGGAGAACCUACAACUGUGUACCGAAAAAACGGAACUAAAGGUUCGCAUUGCGGCCAUGGAGCAGCAGAUCGGAGCUCUCAAGGCUCAGGGAACCGAGGAAGGAGAUCUCAAGCAGGUUCUCGGCGAGCUGAAGUCCCAGAACUUACGAUUUCUGAAUGUGGCUCGCGAAAGGGAGUACUACAAAAAGCGCUGGCGAAGAAGUGCAAGGCGAGUGCAUGCUCUUAAGUUGGCUGCUUACGAAAGAAAUCUGGAGAGGGAACACAACAGCCUUAAAGUCGAACCCAUUGACCUGAGACAGAUACUGACCAAAGACGCCAUUGAAUUCGAGCGGGAGUACGGAAAGUUCCGGCAGAACGGCCUGUCACAAAGUUAUUCCUAUAGUUCGCAGACUGGAUCGGGAGACUUUUUACCACCGAACAAAUAACAACCACCGGCCAACUUGAGUUAGGGAAAUGACCCAGAUAAGAUUAUUCCCCGGAUUUUACCAAAUUUGCUGUGCCAGUUUUAUAUCAUGUUUACGUUAUUGAUUUUUGUUCGUUUUUUUAAGAAAAAUAUAAAUGCCUAAAAGCCUAAA